AUGUAUCUAAGGAAACAUUUGAAAAAGACAGUGAAAUGUCCAUAUUGUGAUGCAGUUUUCUGCGUCAAGAACCAACUGGCUGUACAUCUUCGGUCUCAUACAGAGGAGGAGCAACCUUAUAAAUGUGCGGAGUGUUCGCGCUCUUUUAACCACAAAGGCAAUCUGGCAAAACAUGCUAGAACCCAUACAGGAUACAGACCUUGUGUAUGCAAAAUAUGUCUAAAAUGCUUCUCCCGUGUUGAUUAUUUACGCAAGCAUUACACCAGUAUUCAUAACCAAGUCCUGGAAAGACAACGCAAACAUUAUAAGAAAAGAAAUCCGGUGCAAAUUAAAAAAGAAAAUCCCGUUAUUAAAGUUGAGGUCUUCAGUUGCCACAUUUGCAAUAAAACUUACUCUUCGAAAACAUCUUUAUCGUCUCACACUAGAGUCCACAACAGCAGUAAGUCGUUCCAGUGUAAUGUGUGCGGAAAAUCGUUUUCCUACAAAGGUUUACUUAACGGUCACAUGAAAAUCCAUCUCGGUUACAAACCAUUCGCUUGUACGAUCUGUCCGAAAACCUUCAUCAAACGUAACGAUCUGACCAGGCACACCUAUACGCACACGAAGGAGAGAAACUUCAGAUGUGAGAUAUGCUAUCAAACAUUCGCCAGGAAAGACGUUCUCAGGUUGCAUCUGCGGAAUCACACGGGUCAAAAACCAUACCAAUGCGACAAUUGCCCGAAGACUUUCGCUCAGAAAUCCAAUAUGACCCACCACCUUAAAAGGUGUAAGGUUGUAGACAAGUAG